AUGUUCCUUACGUGUUCGGAUGGGCAAAGCCCAAUAAUGAAAUACGGCGGCCGAGUUCAACUCUUCCCUUUCCCAGAGCGACAAUGGCCGAACAGGGUUCUUGAGACAGCACCAGUACUAUUUUCUACGGAUUUACGAGACGGGAAUCAAUCCCUUCCGAAUCCCAUGACGUUUGAGCAAAAGCUCUCGUUAUAUAAGCUCCUUGUGUCAAUCGGAUUUAAGGAGAUUGAAGUAGCCUAUCCAUGCGCUAAUCAAGUUGAAUUCGAUUUUGUCCGAUAUCUGAUUGAAACACCUGGUUUGAUACCUGAUGACGUUCUGAUCCAGGUCAUUACGCCAUGCCGAGAUGAGACGAUCAAAAAAGCGGUAGAGAGUGUCCGUGGUGCAAAGCAGGCCAUCAUUCUCACUUAUUUGCCCAGCAGCGAUAACUUUCGGAACACGGUGUUAAACAUAUCAGAAGAUGAAUGGGUAGAGCGCGCUCGUCGAGGAGCAGCUUAUGCCCGUUCUAUCACCAAGGAGUCCGACGAUCCGACAGUCCGGAACACCCGAUGGACAUUCAAUUUCGCGUUUGAAGACUUUGCAAACGCCCGAAUGGAAGCUAUCAUACGUUGCACCGAAGCUAUCCGAGCUGAGUGGAAUCCGUCCAGAGAGGAAAAGAUGAUUAUCUGCGUGCCGUCUAGCAUGGAGGCCUCCACUCCGAACAUAUUUGCUGACCAGGUUGAGUAUCUAUCCCGAAACAUCUCUCACAGAGACACAAUUCGCCUUACUGUCCACACGCACAACGACCGCGGUGGUGCCGUGGCAUCGGCCGAACUCGCUAGUCUAGCCGGAGCCGACCGGAUCGAAGGGUGCCUGUUUGGAAAUGGAGAACGUGCUGGCAACAUGGAUUUGGUCGUGUUUGCGCUGAAUCUUCUCACCCAGGGCAUCGACCCUGGUAUUGAUCUGUCCCGUUUAGACGAGAUCCGUAAGGUCUGCGAAGAUAUUACCGGAAUACCUGUCCACCCCCGCACACCCUACUCUGGGGCAUAUUAUCUAAAAGCCUUCAGCGGAACCCAUCAAGACGCAAUCUCCAAGGGCAUCCAGCUCCGCACGUUAGCCGCCAAGAAGGCCGGACCUAGUGCCGUGUGGCCGGCUUGGCGCGUCCCUUACCUUCCGCUUGACCCAACAGACAUUGGACGCUCGUUUGAAGAUGUCGUGGGUAUCAAUAGCCAGAGUGGAAAGGGUGGUGUAGCCCAUGUUAUAAAGUUGGGGCUAGGGCUAGACCUGCCACCUAGGCUUGCACACGUGUUCUCUAAAGCAGUCAAGGAUUGGUCCAUUCGAUUGGACCGCGUAUUGUCAUCUGAAGAGGUUUGCACGGCAUUUCUCAGGGAAUACCAGGUUCAAAGUGCUGCUGAAAGGUCGACUGAUGACGUGAUCCAGACAGUCCUGCAUGCAGGAAACACACUUGUUGCUGACCUGGGUCAACUAUUUGAUUUGCCAAGCCUUUCAGCAACGAUUACCUCCCAUAACCUUAUUGACGGGUUUGCGAGCUAUGCCGCUAGCUAUGCCGCUUACGCAGAAGUUAGCCCUGAAGAAUCAAAGCCAAGUCUUUGGGGAGUCGGUCUAGGUGCAAGUCUACAACAAGCAAAGUUGUGUGCUGUUAUGUCGGCACUUUGUGUAAGUGGUAGUUAA